GAGCCUCGCCCGGGCCCCCUCCGCCCCGCCGGCGCUCCCAGCCCAGCGGUUGUGUUCCCGUCCUCCAGCAAAAGCGUUACUUCAUCCUAAGAGAAACAACGGGCGCGGGAUCUCCGCACCGGCGGGGGGGAAGAACGGGGCCGUGAGGAGAUGCCGCCCUCCGACAGCUGCGUGAUUAAUGGCGGAACCCCCGGGGAAGGGGCGGUCGCUGCUGCCCGGGCGGGCGGGGGGAGCCCAGCGGCCAGGUGCGAGCAGCCCCGCCUCGCCCACCGGCCGCGACGCCUUAAGACGGGCGCCGCGGGACGGGUCGUGUUGGGGCUGUGCCGGGCGGCUCCGCGCCGGGCGGGAACGGCCCAGGAUUUCAGCCGACGUAGGUGUGAAGCUUGUAAACCAGAAAUUCCUACUUCAAGGAGUGCCCAAGGAGAUGAGGGUUUUAGCUGGGCUGUCACAGGAACAGCCGCUCCCAGCACGUGGAAGCCAGGAUCCGAGAGGCCUGGGAAGGCUGCUUGGCUGAGGGCGACAGGAACAGGUCCCUCCCCGCCGGGGAAGUCACCGAUGGACUGCGGACACUUGCGUGAGAGGGGCGAGGAGACCUCCAGCCCGGGCGCAGAGCCCGAUUCCGCGUUGCCUCCUGUUGCCGGCAGCAAUUCCUGCAGCCCCGCCGUGGCUGGGAGGCAGGCCGGAGCCUCUCCGGGCAGACCCGCUGCCGCUAAUGCCGCCCGGGAGCGCAGCCGGGUUCAGACCCUGCGCCAUGCCUUCCUCGAGCUGCAGAAGACUCUGCCCUCCGUGCCGCCCGACACCAAGCUCUCCAAGCUGGAUGUGCUCCUCCUGGCCACCACCUACAUCGCACACCUCACCCGCAGCCUUCAGGAUGAGGAGGAGUCACCGGGAGAAGGCUUGGGUACCCUCCGAGGGGAUGGGUACCUCCACCCUGUCAAGAAGUGGCCAAUGCGUUCCAGGUUAUACAUUGGAGCCACAGGGCAGUUUCUGACUCACUCAGCGCAAGGAGAUGAUGCAAACCAAGGAGAAACAUCAACAGCUCCACAAAUCUAACCUCCCUUCUGGCUUUUAAAAAUAAUUAUUUAUUACACCUUAUAUAUUUAAGUUAAAAAUAGUACCUAUAGACAAGCUGCAAUUCCUGAAAUACUGUUUAUAGAGAAGGAAUUUGAUUCUUAAAUGUAAUUAAUACCUCAUUAAGUGAAUGUGAUGUGUGGUUGGUUCUAUCACAGAGGGCAUUGCUGGGGUCUGAACAGAGGUAUUAGGGAAGGUGACUGCAGCCACCACCAGCAGAAGCGGCUGCUGGUAGAGUGGGACACUGCACCUCCUCUGGGACAAGUGGUGGAGGGGUGUGCUGCAGAGAAGGAGGGAAAAGGCAGGGUGCAGUACUGGCUGAGAGCAGAGCACCGUGGGCUCAGGUGGAAACCAAAAGGCAAGCCUCAAAAUAGCAAUCAGAAUCCUGUCUGCACUUUCUUCACUGCAUAAAGCCAAUGCUGGAAAUCCCACGGACCAUGGCUGUCAGGCAAGGGCUUCAUCCUUUGGGGAAUCUUAGAUGUCCAGAGCUAUUCCCAGAAGAGUGGAUGCAUGUUCACCUGCAGUAAAAAUGUGCUGAGGUCUGUCUUGCAGCACCAUGUCCAAUAGCCACGAGCUGCUCUUGCACAUUAAGUAUCACUUGUGUCAAUCCAUGAUUGUGGUGCAUGUUUAAAAUGUGUUUAGGUGUUUUCCCUUGCACAACCACUUAUCUGCUCAAGACACUGAGGAGCAUUUCUCUAUUCUUUUAGUGGGCCCAUGUAUUGAAGCAGGUGAACUUCACGUUGAAGCCUGAGGAGUUAGUUUGUUCACAGCACAUUUUUCACUAAAGCAGCAUCUGUAUUUAGGCAGGAAAAGUUGAAACUAAGCGCAUAAGUGCCAUCUGAUGUGUCUGUUCUGUAAAACACUGUACUACUUGUUAUUGCCGAGGUAAACCUUUUAUUAAACAUUAUUCAGUGAACAUUAUAUACUUA